GUAUAUAGUAGUUAGAAGGCUAUGAGCCUAUUACUAUAUUUUCCUUAUGUCUGAGCACAUCUAGUAGCUUUAUUUCAAUUAUUUGAAUUGAAAUUCUUGAAAAAUAUAGAGCGAGAGAGAGAGAAAAAGAGAGAGAGAGGGAGAUCAUUUGGAGACGUCGGUGCUUUGCUCACUUGGGUUUUGGGGAGUGAACCAAACAGCCAUGGUAAUAAAAGUCUUCAUAGCAUCAUCCUCUGGAUCGACAGCGAUUAAAAAGCAGCAGCAAGACAUCAUGGGUUUCCUAACUGUCAACAAGAUUGACUUUAAGGAGUGUGACAUCGUUACUAGUGAAGAAAACAGGAAAUGGAUGAGGGAGAACGUACCUGAGGACUUCCGACCAAUGACGGGGGUCCCCCUGCCUCCACAGAUAUUUAAUGAAGAACAUUACUGUGGGAAUUACGAGGCCUUCUUUGAUGCCCGUGAGGAGCAUGCAGUGUAUGCAUUCUUGGGCCUAACAGCCCCUCCAGGCUCCAAGGAAGCAGAGGCCUUGGCUGGACUGGAGCAACAGUAGCCGCAUGGUUUUGAUUAGCAGACCACAGUGCCCUCUCCUGUCAUCCUCCAUUCAGCUCUACAGCAGCUUGCCACUGCUCGUCUGGAAAACGUCUUCUCAGACCAAUCAUAGCGCUUUAUUUUGUUGUGAAAGGUAAUCAGAAUGGUAUCAAAUUGACCAAAUGUUGUGUUUUUUGACAAUGUCUUUAAAGUGGUGACCUUGUUCUGUUACAAUAGUUCAAGUCAAUGCUGGGCAGUAUCCCAUGUUCAAUAUCAUAUUGAAAUCAAGGCAGAAUGAGUGCCCAAAUACUAGGAAUUUAGUAGAUGACAAAGACAUGCUUUGCACAUAUGAGAAUAUUUAAUUCAAUGAGAUAUUUUUCAUGUUUGAUAAUAAAAGUGUUACUUUUACUA